AUGACAGACACCACGCAGAACCCGGACGAUGCCAUCGAGCCGACUGAUGCACCUGUCGGCUUCGGCCGUAACAUUGCAAGCUCCGAAACUCGCGAUACUGCGGUUCCCUUUGGAAGGAUGCCCAACUUCCACGCCAAUAUGGGUAUCAAUCAUCGCAAUAUCAGCAAUAUCAUCGUCUAUAAUCAAGCACGGAGAUUUUUUGGGUCUCUGGCUACCUUCGAUCAUCCCGAAGAUCCAAUCCGUUCGACCCGAGCUACGCGCUCGAGGAAAGCUCGCUUGCAAUCAGGGAGAAGACUCCAACAAGCAAUCAACAACCGCAGCUACUAUGAGCCAUAUGCAGAGGUGAAAAACAGAGCUAUCAAACGACGUCUGAUAUACCUGGCUAGUAACUUCAAUUUUCUCGACCGCUGCUUCGCAGAGUACUUUCGUUCGGUCAUGCCGUACUUUGACCAAGGCUAUGUUCGUCAACACCUGAAAGAUAUCCGACAAGACAUUGCAAAACGGCAAAAUUCAGAUUCGACAAGGGUAGCAGAUCCAAAAUCAAUCUAUCUUGGGGAUCUUGGCGAAUACUGCGAAAAGGUGUCUGAAGUGUGGGAUCAUGAUCGAAAACAGGUCAAGCCAGUGAACCCAAGGUUCAAUAUUACCCAUUGUCGAGAUCGGGAAAUUUUCGAGUAUUUACAGGACGCCUUUGAGGCACCUUAUUGGGAACUUAUGCUGGAUACGUUUUUACAAUGGCGCACGAAUUCGGAAUCCCUGAUUGGCGAUAUUGUCCUUAAGGUAUUCGACAGUCUGGAAAUGGAAAUCGAAACUAACCGAAAGCAACUUCUCAAGGACAUUGAAAGUCAGUCAGAAGAUAGGCUGGAAGAUUUGGCUCCAAUUUUGGAAGGUAUCGAUGCGAGAAUUGCCGUUCUGAAUACACUGGGGGACCUGAAAACCCCCCUCUUAUUGGAAAUGGAGCAACUGGUUUCUUCCUCAGUCCACCAACUGCAUCAUCCUCAACCCACAUCUCCUGACGAAUCCUCGGCUGUGGAACCGUCUGAAGCACUGAGCAAGGAGAAAGAAAACGUUGGGCUCAUAGCCUUAAUUCUCCUAUUCCUGACCGCGGCUAUUGUCCCAGGAUACAAGGCAUUCUCAAUUUCAAUGAAAUCUAGCGAACCAGGCUCGGUUCAAGAUGCAGAUUUCUGGUAUCUGAUCCAGAGUAGUAUCAUGUCCGUGCUGGGCAACCUGACCAUGGUUAUCCCUCUGCUGAAAAAGUCGUGGUUUUCGCCGGCGUACAGCAUGAUGUGGAUGUUCUUCGCCCUGGGCGUGGCCUUUGCAGCCAUCUCUAUUAUCAUUUAUCCAUUUGCAAAUACGGGUUGGAGCUCUAUGGUAGCCUUCUUUGGUUCCAUUGCCUCUGCCGCCUCAGUACUAGUUAUGACGCAGGCCGCAGCGAAGGUUGUGCCUCAGAAGAUCAAAAAAGAUUAG